UAAUGAGAAUCCAUGGCUCCGGAGAAUAUUUGAUGUGUGAACUAAGUUAGUUAGUUCUUGGUGAGAGUUCUGAGCAGAAGGUCUAGCCAGCAGAUCAGGCUCCAGAGCAGCCUUUAAAUAUGUAUCCAAAUUGGCCCGUUACGCUCCACUUGACGCUGGUGUGCCUGGGCGUUGUUGUGGGCCAAAUGUUUGCACAGCCGCUGACAAAGAUCCGCGGCCCUUUGAAUAUCGAAUCAGCGGCUGGCCAGAUGAUUGAGGAAGCCGGUCUGCAGCAACAUCUCCAACAAAUCACGGGCAGCGAAGCGUUGGCGCCAUUGUUGCUUCAGUUAGUGGGCCAAACUGUGCCAAAUUGGCAGCAGCAGCAGCAACAGCAGCCGCAACAGCAACUGCAACAGCAACAACAACAGCAACAGCAACAGCAACAGCAGCGACCCAAACAGGCCACAAAUCAGCCGCAACAACAGGGGGAGCAACACUUUUUUGUUUAUGGAAACGCGGCGAGUCAACAACCCCAGAUAUUGGCCGGGUUCAAUGGCGUCAAUGGGCGACCUGAAAUGCUGAACCAGCUACAGCAGCAGCUCCUGCCAAAGCCCAUUCAGGCGCAACAACAAUAUGCCGCCGAAUCCAGGCCAAAAAUCGUUAAGGCGCCGCCUGCGGCAGCCGUUUGGGCGCCAGCAUUGUCGAACCCACCGCAGCUCAACCAGCCGCUCUUGAGGCCCCAGACGAUCCCAUCCCCCGCAAAUGCUGCCUCGCCGGCAAGUUGCCAACUCUGCUGCAAUCCAUCGGAACUUGCCACGCCCACGGCCACGCCAUGUCCGCCCUCCAGUGGGGGCCACGAGAUUGUACCGCUGCUGACUGCCACGGCGCUCAAGGCGGCAGUUGGUUAAGUUUUUAAUUAAAUCGCUGGCAUAAUUAAUAAUAAAGAUGCGCA